AUGCCACCAUUGUCCCCACAGCUCUCAGGGCAGCAGCAGAGUACACAGCCUCAGCAGACGCCUCAGUCACUUGGACCGUCGCGUCCGGAGGCACCAGACUCUCAGACAUCCGGUCAGAGCCAGGGCGGACAAGCACAGGCUCCCCAGGCCCAGGCUCCCCAGGCGCAGGCUCAGGCUUGGCAUCGACCCUGGGAGACCUCGCGGGAUCGCUCAAGCUUUGCGAUUGGCUUUUCCACUUCCUUAGUGAACGAUGUCUUCAUGGAGCUCUCCCGAACCUUCCUGCUUGCUUUGCGUCUGGGCAUUGCGGAAAAUCCGCCGGCGCACAGCUCUGAAGCGACUGUUCGCCCAUCCGAUCUUUAUUUCCUCCAUGUGAUCAUGCGCAGAUGCCACGAUGGCUUGUCUAAAGUCGUAGGACUUUUGUCGGCAGAACAGCGAGGGCUUUUGCAGCAGCUCAUCUGGCUGUCUACGGCGCAAGUUGUGAUGCUGCUGUUGAUGGUUCACAUCGCCUUUGUUUGUCCGUAUACACAGAUUGACUCCUCGUUGAGGUUGUCGCGCUUUGUAGCACUGGAGGGCGGAUGGGGGUCCUUCCGCUGCUACAGCAACAUUGAGAAUUUGACGGCUCAUGCCGCUGCGUCACCGACCAUUGUUCGUGUCGAGCUGCUAGACACUUGGUGGGCGCGGCCACCGCCUGUAGCGCCCGCAUCCACUUUCUCCGAGACGCUUCAAGAAUUCGACAACAAAACUCUCAGUCAGGAAGCUGUCAAGCCGCCCUUGCUUGAGACAGGGGCAGGUUCAAAGAACGACACAGAGGAUGGAAGCGACAUUUUAGCAAACGUUCUGCGCCGUUUGUCUGCCCUCGCCUAUGUCGGCUACGAUGCUGCGUUUCCCAGGCCAACGUACGAGGUGACUUUAGGGGCCACUGCCCCAUGGCUGGACAUAGAAUCGACGGCAUUUAGAGAUCUCGGUGUGCGAACGAAACAUGUCAAGAUCUCAGUUGAGGAUCCCAAGUAUUUCGGUAUCUACUUGGCCAGAACUCUUCUGUCCAGUCUUGGCCUGCACGACAUAUACAUGCUGCAUGCUCUCCCACGGCACUUCCUAACGGACUCCGAUGGUCGAAUUUGUGGUACAGACUUCCGGCCUUCCCUGCAUAUUCGCACUGUGACUUCAAAACGCGGCAUAUCUCUGGAACCGGUUGAAUCCAGAAUUGCUGCCGGCCAGAAAGGCAGGGUCCUUGGGACGGUCGUUUCCAAUUUGGCCAGCAGCAUGCUCUUUCUUGGUGCGGCGAUCAUGGCGGCAGUUCUCUUUAGCGCAUUCUUGCGGAGGCUCCUGGUGUUAUCCUGCCGAAUGUACAUUUACAACAUGCUCUGCUUGCGACAGAUGCGGCACUUCGCUUUCAUUGCCGAGCAGAUGCGACGGGUGAACCGAGCUCCAUCGACGGUCCUUAUUGAACUUUGGAUCGCCUGGGCAGCCUCCGCAGGAAUCAUGCUCUGGAUCUUGAUCGAGGCGCUGCAGAGGUCCUUUGUCUGGUUCCUAUGGAUUCUCUGCUACGCUCUUGCAGAGUUUUGGGGUCUGGCCCAUGUGAGAACCAAGCAAAGCCGAUGGCUUUAUCCGCGAAGUCUCCUCUUGCUCCAUGCGGGUGCAGCAUUGUAUGCGUACUGGUGGCCUCGAGGUCCGUUGUGGCUGCUUCUUGCCAGCCUUUUCUGGGCUCACGCGUCUAUUAUGUUCACAUUGAUCAGUGAUUUGGACUGUUGCUUCGCACUCCCUUCCGAGCCGCCGAACGAGGUCCUGGCUGCCUCACUGCUGCUGCCAGCAAUGCCACUGUCUCGCUCUGAGGUCUCGAAGCAAAUCCAUCCUGGCCCUGACCGCGACGACACACUCUCCGUCUCCGAGACGGGCAGCCCGGGCAGUUCUGAAGCAAACGUAGAGUGA